AAAAAAACAACAUCUAAACUGAAAAAAAAUGGGAGUAUCUGCACUCUCAUACAUCAACAGAUCAAAAGUGAAAAAUCACUAGUGCAACAACUUAUAGUAUAACAACCGUGAACAAACAGGAUGACCAAAUGCUUACAAGUGGUGGGCAAGCGGUUCAAUAGCUGCAGCACCAAGUUCACUCCUGUCAUUGAACAGUAUAAGACCUUGCGCCAUAUUCAUUUCCCCGGAAGAACCAAGUUUGAAGAUGGGCUUAAGAUUCAGCAAGCAAUGGUAAAUGCUAACAUUGAUUUCAAGAAGAUUUCAAAUAAGAUAAUCAGACUGCAGAAAGAUAUAGCAUCCAAGGGUUACAGACUAACGGAGUACGAAGACGGGCUCCUUGCCAAAAUCAUGGAAAUGAAACCAUUGCCAACCGUAUUAACUUUUGAAUUUGAGAAUGUUUACGCUGGAGGGAAACAAAUGAAACAAGACCCCCAGUUAGAUGAAAAGAUUGAAGAUUAUAGAAAGAUGGGUUGCGAAUACCAUCAGUUGGAAAGGGGCGGACAGGUUACAUGGCAUGGAGAAGGACAAUUAGUGGCAUAUACCAUAUUAGAUUUAAAACAAUUUAAGAAUCUUACCCCCAAAUGUUUUGUUGAUUCCGUGUUAUUGAAAUCGGUUCAAAAUCUUUUGAAGAAAAACUAUGGAUUGAGCAGCUAUCUCAAUGAAAACCCCGGGGUAUGGAUGAGUGAAAGUAACCAUAAGAUAUCGUCGAUUGGAUGUAAUAUCCAACACGCGAUCACUUCUUUUGGUAUUGCACUUAAUGUUAACCCCGACUUGAAAUACUUGAAUACUUAUACCAUGUGUGGGUUACCAGAAGCCGAAGCUACCUCGAUAUCACGUAUUUCACCUGAAUCUAAGCCGGACGUCAAGGAAGUUGGUAAUCAAUAUGCAAAAGAGUUGGCUCAACUACUAAACAUCACAACUGUGGAACACAUGAGUGGUGAAGAUCUUAAAUUAUAGUUUACAUAUUAUACAUAGU